AUGGAGCAAUUCAUUGAGGCUAUUCACUUGGUGCAGAACGUUCCCCCGUCAUCUCCUCAACCAUACGCAUGGCCUUACCGACCUGAAGACCAGGUGUGUCCAGUCCAUUCGCAAAGGGUUUUGGAUAGCCCAGAUGACAACUCCGCAGACAUCGAGGACAAUACCUUAGACGUUGAGGAGAAUUCCUCAGACAUGGUCCUUGCCGACAAUGAUUUUGAGUCCUCCUCUUCCAAUGAGGGGGAUAAUGAAGCGGAGUCUGACACCAGCGCUGACACACUUGUUGACCUUGACCCUGCUCGCCAUUUCAAUUGGUUCGUAACCACCAGCAUUGUUGGUGUAGGACUCUUUAGCGAAAUAACUACUGCUCGGAUGCUUCGUGCCCCAGGAACAACGGUCCAUUACUUCGCCACCCUCCAUGAAGCCAUGCUGCAUUUCCGUCUUGCUUUGGCAAUGUGGAAUGGCGAGACCGUCUAA